AUGGAGGAAUGUGCGGUUGUCCUAGGGUUGUAUGUUGAAAGGAGUAACACGCGGUAUGGCAAGCAAUUUGGAGUUCGUCGUCUGGAUGUCGGGAUGCCUGGUAAACCAACAAGUGUCAGCAAAGCUGGCCUCGCCAAGUCAGAUUUCGACAUGGAUAUUAUGGAGAUUCCUGGUAAAACAAACAAGCAUCCUGGUAAAAACCAACAAGCGUCAGCAAAUGCUGGUGAGAUCCCAUCCCAGAACUCUAUCUAA